CACUCAUGUGGUUGAGAGCUGUUGGCAAGCUGAACUCCACGCGAAAGAAAACAGAAGAGGGAAAGAUUGAAACUGUAUGUGGUGGAAGGGGGGGGGCUGCCGGUGGACGGAGAGAAACAGGAAGGGAGAAGAGUGAGGUGGACGACUUUAGAGGAGAGUUAUCAUUUGUCACACCUCCGAGCUGAAGACAGGACAGUUAACAAGCAGAGUGAGACAAGAGGAAGAGGUGACCAAAGCAUCAGACCUGAAGGAAUCCAACUGAAGCUUAAAAACCUCAGACCUGAAGGCCACCCUCAAGAGAGAUUCCUACAUCAUCAACCGAAGACGUCUCCAUCCACCCUGUUCUCCAAACUGGAGUAUGCCCUGCCGUUCCUGUCACCCCUGCCGCUGAUCCAGCUGGCUGGCAUGAUCUCCCACUACCCUCUGGCCAAUCUCAUGCCUUGGCCUGCGAGCCCCCACUACCACUGUCCCGACCUGGACUGCACCUUGCUGCUGGAGGGGGAGGGAGGCGUCGCCCUGCAGAGGUACCAGCCUCGCUACCCGGAGAGCAGCCCACGACACUGGAGCUCUGUGCAGGACUGGGGGGAGGAAGUUGAGGAAGGAGCCAUCUACAAUGUGACACUAAAGAGGGUUCAGAUCCAGCAGGCGGCCAACAAGGGAGCAAGAUGGCUGGGGGCGGAGGGGGAUCGUCUGCCUCCCGGCCACACGGUGAGCCAGCUGGAGACCUGCAAAAUCCGCAGUAUCCGCGCUGGAACGCUGGAGCGUCUGGUGGAGACGUUAUUGACGGCAUUCGGAGACAACGACCUCACCUACACCUCCAUCUUCCUGUCCACCUACAGAGCCUUCACCAGCACGCAGACUGUGCUGCAGCUGCUGCUAGACAGGUAUGGCUGCGUGGAGGAAGACACAGGCAGAUGCCAGGGCUCAGAAACCAAUGGAGCCAUCAGAAAUGCCCUGGCCUCCAUCUUGCGUGCCUGGCUAGACCAGUGCCCUGAAGACUUCCAGGAGCCUCCAGACUACCCAUGUCUCCACAGGCUGAUGGACUACCUGCGCAAGGCCCUGCCUGGUUCCGAGGCUCUUAGACGGGCAGAGGGUCUGCUGGAGCAGCUGCAGAGUCAGGCCAACAUGGACGAAACUGAUGCGGGUUUCCACGGCAACGGUUCAUUCUGCCUGGGGGAAGAGGAGGAGGUGGAGAUUGAGGUCCAGGAGGACUUCCUGUCGUUUGACGCAGACCUGGUGGCGGAACAGUUGACCUACAUGGAUGCGCUCCUGUUCAAAAAGGUUGUGCCCCACCACUGCUUGGGCUCCAUCUGGUCUCAGAGAGAUAAGAAGCACAACAAACACAGUGCCCCCACCAUCCGCGCCACCAUCACCCAGUUCAAUGCGGUGGCGGCCUGCGUGGUCAGCACGGUGCUGAAACACAAACAGAUCAGACCGCAUGUCAGAGCACGGGUUAUCCAGCGGUGGAUAGACAUCGCUCAGGAGUGUAGAAUACGCAAGAACUUCUCGUCUCUGCGAGCCAUUGUGUCUGCGCUGCAGUCCAAUCCUCUGUACAGACUGAAAAGAGCAUGGGCCUGUGUGCACAAAGACAGCAUGCAGACAUUUGAGGAACUGUCGGACAUUUUCUCAGACCACAACAACUACCUGACCAGCAGAGAGCUGCUCAUGAGGGAAGGCACUUCAAAGUUUGCCAGUCUGGAGAGCUGCGCCAAGGAGCACCAGAAACGCACCCACAAGAGGCUACAGCUGCAGAGAGAAAUGGGAGCAAUGCAGGGAACAAUACCGUACUUGGGGACUUUUCUUACCGACCUAACCAUGCUGGAUACAGCCCUGCCUGACCUAGUAGAGGGUGGUCUGAUCAACUUCGAGAAGAGACGCAGGGAGUUUGAGGUGAUAGCUCAGAUCAAGCUGCUUCAGUCAGCCUGCAACAGCUACUGUCUGACGCCAGAGCCCACUUUCCUCCGCUGGUUUAAGAGCCAGUCUCAGCUCACCGAGGAGGAGAGCUACGCCUUGUCCUGUGAGAUUGAAGGUCUCGGUGACAGCAGUCCAACUUCACCCAAACCCCGAAAAAGCAUGGUGAAGAGGCUCAGCCUGCUGUUCCUUGGAACAGACAACAGUGCAGCCAGUUCUCCUGUCAGAGAGACGCCGAGGUCUCCCCCUACUGGCAGCUCAGGGGAGAGCAUGGACUCUGUCAGCGUGUCUUCCAGUGACUCCAGCAGCCCGUCAGACAGCGAGGGGCUCACACCGCCUAAUCACACCUCUGACUCCCAGCAAAACAAGCUAUCAGAAUCCUCUUCCUGUAAUUCACUCCACUCUAUGGACACCAGCUCGUCGACAGCUAGCGUCUCCAUGACUCCUGCGUCCCCCUCCCUCCCCGGGCCGGCCUGCACCCACAGACGCUGCAUCUCCCUUACUCCCAUGUCCCCCAGUUCCCCGAGCCAAACCCCAGCUUACAAUACCCAGGCUCAGGAUGCGUGCAUCAUCAGAGUCAGCCUGGAGCACGGCAACGGGAAUCUCUACAAGAGCAUACUGUUGACGAAUCAGGACAAGACUCCGGCUGUUAUUUCUAGAGCCAUGGCGAAGCACAACCUGGAGGUGGAGCCGGAGGAGGGAUACGAGCUGGUACAAGUCAUCUCUGAGGAGAGAGAACUGGUGAUCCCAGACAACGCCAACGUAUUUUACGCCAUGAACACCUCCGCAAACUUCGACUUCCUGCUGCGGGUGCGAGGCUCGGCGGGUCGGCCGGUCCAGCUGCGGAGCCGGUGUAGCUCCACGCUCCCUCGAGCCCAGCACCGCUCGAGCCUCUCGCUCAGACUCAGCAAAGUCACACUGUGACCGGGGCCCCAGCGGUUCGCCCUCACACCACUAACCUGGGAUGAUACAGGGCACAGACUGGAUAUUAAGUGUUGGGUUUUAGAGUGGAGAGGCUGGAAGAAUAAACAGACAUGAGGAAGCUCUGGAGGAUCACUGGAUUCAAGAAGGAACAGAUGGAUCCCAGUGAUCUCCUAAGACUUACAAGGAGCUCCAAUUUGACUCUUAUUUAACCAUUUGAGUCUCUUCCCUGAACGUACCAUCCCUUUGCCCAGCCUUAAUACAGAACAUGGAUGUGUAGCGUGACUGCUGUGCCAGUGGGACUAAACUUUUGACUAGCGACACCUGUAACAGAGUGAUACAGCGACCCCAAGUGGCCUCCGUUCUUUACAACAACAGGUUUUUGCACACAUUGUGGGAGCAGCCAAACUCCUGACCUCCAACAGUAUUCUGAUAUUGAAAUGAACUUUUUAAAAAAAUGUCCUGUGAUGUCUGUGUAGCUGAAUAAAAUAACUUUUCUGGUAAUAGAAGAGUGGCAAAUGCAGAAAUAGAAGGUGGGUGGUGGAGUAAAAGGAGAAAUGGACUUAGUUUCCAGUCCUGUUGCCUUUAUUGACGAGUGAAUGGACCUCUGACAGUGAUCUGAAUGAUAUUGAUAAAGUGAUUGACAGGAGCUGUGAUGUCAUUUAUUUCCCCAGUUUGACAUGUUUACCUUCCAUGUCCGCCUUGUGCACAGUGUGCACAGUGUCUGUAUGUGUGUGUGUGUGUGUUAUAAGCCCCUCUCAUAUUGUGAGCUGUGUGACGAAUGCAGCGUUGACAUGCAUUCUGAUUGGUUCCAGUACUUGGUUUUAACAAGUCCUCAGCAAAUGUUGAAAUGGCCUUACCUGCCCCAUCUUCGGGGUGUAGAAAUGCAAUUUGUGCUGCUUUCUCGUGCAUGAAUAAGAAGAGGUAUACAACAACAGGAGGAGGAAGGAAGUGUCUCACUGAAAUGGAAAGCACCAUGCACAUUGUCUCAAACUGAUGUAUACUUGUACCUCUUUGCCCUUCAUCAUAUGAACUAUAGAGCUGUACUUGUUAGUUGGUAGGAGAUGCCAAUGGGAUGUGAAUACAGAAGAAUGAGUGAGCCACUCUGUUAGUGGAUUACUCCCUCUUCACAAAAUGAAUGACUAUUUUUGUCUGUAAUUGUUUCUUUUUAAAAAAAAAUGUUUUUGUAAGAUGAUUCAGGCCAGAAAAAGUAAGCCAGAUCAGAGAGUGAUAGAGGAUUUUAAAAGUAAAUGUUAUUGAAUCCAGAAAGUGUCAUACUUUGCCGCCAGUGCUAGUUUUUACUGUGAUGCAUUCAGAAAUCUUUACUGAGGGACUCUUUACUUCAUUAUACUCCCAGAAGCCAAACACCUCUUCACACAGUAAACAUCCAUCUGUUUGUCUUGUGGGCACACUCCUCAUUUCCAACACCAUUAUAGUUUCACACCAGGCAUCACCAACAUUUCAUCACCUGUCCACAUAAUAGAGACACAUUUGCAGAUUACCACUCACAGAAUCAUUUCCCCUCUUUCAAUGUUCCACGAUUACAUGCUAGUGCAACCAGUUCAUAUUACAGAGAACUGGUUCACUGUUGGACUUAUGUUUUUGACCCAGUUGGCCCAGUCAUUUGCCUCCAUGCAGCACUUCAUUUCAAAAUGUUCUCAUUAAAUCACCCUCAGUUCCUGUGUUCUUCACUGCCAAAGACUCUUCAUCUACCUGAAUAAAUAAAUUAUUAUCAUUAUUA